UAGAGCUGAGUGGGAGAGGGCAAUAAUAACUUUACCGCUGUUUUAGGGAACUGCCCUAAAAGAGAACAGAGCCGAGUCAAAGUAACUGCAGCGUGCUGGAACUGAAGCUCGCGAGCUUCUGCUCUCUCUGCAGACCUUCAUGGCCUCCGAGGCGGCAGUCGUCCACACCGGCGGUUGCCACUGCCGCCGCGUGCGGUGGCAGGUCGAGGCCCCCGCGAGCGUGGUGGCGUGGAUCUGCAACUGCUCCAGCUGCUCCAUGCGCGGGAACACCCACUUCAUCGUCCCCGCCGCCAAGUUCAAGCUGCAGCCCGGCGCCGACGAGUUCAUCACCACCUACACCUUCGGCACGCACACGGCCAAGCACACCUUCUGCAAGGCCUGCGGCAUCACCUCUUUCUACACCCCGAGGUCCAAUCCGGACGGCGUGGCCGUCACCGUUGCCUGCGUCGACCCCGGCACCGUGAAACACGUCGAGUACAGGAAGUUCGAUGGGGGGAACUGGGAGAACUUUUUCAGGACCAGCGACAUCGCCGGAUUCUCCAAGAACAAGGCAGAGGCGGCGGAGUAGCGGGCAGAUUCUCUGCGGAACUGGUAUUAUUUCCUCAUCAUUAAUCAUAUUAGUUCUGAAGGUUGAAUCAGUUUAGUGCCCUUUUCUUUGAACUAGAGCGGUCUUCUUUUUGCGAUGCAUUUCUCUUUACCCUGUGGCAAUGAAGACACCAUUUUCUUAAGCUGGUAGCCCCUCGCAUCUUCAUAAUUGCACUUUCGUGGGUCUCUGAUGCCAUUGCAUUUGUUUGUUUAUGACAAAAAAUGGCACAAACCAUAGACCACACAGUCUAUCAAAAGCAAAGACAUCCGUUCAAUAUGAAGUGUCUUUCUACAGUGCAUUUCAGACUGUGAAGUAUGAACACUGCUACAACUGAUUACCUUGUUAUUAAAAAAAACUGAUUACCUGA